AUGUUCCGCUUCAGCAAAACCCUCGACCCAAUUACCCUCUUCCACAGCCCGAGCCUCGCCAGCUCAACCCGGGCCCUGAACAUCCUCAAACAAGCAUCUGCGGCCGCCGGCGAAACCGCAACAGAGGACCAAGCAUCCGAUCACUCGUCACACGCGAAGCAGCAGCGCGGCGAGUUCAAGCUGGAGGUGACGACCGACGUGCCGACGACAGACCAGCUGCGCAAUAUUCUGGAUUACGUCAACCCCGUUAGUGGUGCUGGUGGCCAGGGCGAGAAAGCCACCUACGCUAUCUCAGAGCUGGUCAAGGGCGCGAAGGAUGCGGAGCAGGCGUUGAAGCUGUUCAAGGAGGACCCGGAACGAUUUGUUCGUCCUGUGACUGUCGACUGGAUCAACGGACGUGCUGUGGUCGGUGACAACGAGUCUGAGAUUCUGCGCAUGGUGCGCCAGUUGCCUACCAACUAA